AAGAAUGAAUGCCGACGAUGAAUUUCCCCUCUCCGACAGUUGCAACCCAGUACAUUCCACUAUAGUACCACACAGUCCAGCCAGUACCGUUCCGACCCGAUCCGUGCCGCCAGAAGAGCAGCGCAAUGUCAGAACGUGAACAAUCUACCGGCACUACCAUGGGCUCUCCCAAUGCAGCCCAACCAACCCAGCCGGCACUGAAGCGUCGACGAGUUGCCAAAGCCUGUGAGAGUUGCCGAUCGCAGAAGUCUAAGUGCGAUGGAGAACAUCCAAUCUGUGGUCGUUGCAAGGGGUAUGGUCAUGUGUGCUCUUGGCCCAAGGACAAGAAGGAUAAGAAACACCCGAAUCAGGGCUCAGACGCUUCCAGUCCCGGAGAGCCCGGCCCAAGAGACUCGCAGCAGCCAUUGCUGCAAUGGGUUAUUCAGUCUUAUGACAACUUGAUAGCAAGCGUGCAAUCCGACUUGCCCGAAUCGACUCGCAAUUCGACCACAUCAGUAUUAUCUCAGAUCCGAGGGCGCUUGCCUGCUGGCAUAGUCACUUCGGCGGCCCCAGGAGCAACAUCUCUUCAACGAAACCUAUUCGAUCAGAGCGGAAAUAACUCGAGGUACUUAGGGGAAGCGAGUGACGUUCGCUUCUUUCACACCAUCAAGAAAAUCCUUCGAGACGAUGUUCAUUCAGGCAGCUCUGUCGAGGGUGAGACACAAAGCUACGACCAAGAGAUCUUGCGUUUAGAGACGCAUGGUGGACGACACAACCUUCCGACUAAAGAGGUGGCAGAUGCGUACAUUGAAAUUUACUUCUUCACAAUUCACAUCGCGUAUCCCUUUCUGAACAAACCAUCAUUCAUGGUACGCUACGCCAGAUUUUGGACAGGAGAUGUAGAAGCUGAUGAAGGUCCUUCGUGGCUUCCUCUAUUGUACACAAUCUUCGCGAUUGGCGCCUACUAUACAUCUUUCCCUCGAGGCGAAAACGCCAAUGUUCAGGCACAUCUUGAUUACUUUGGCCAAGCUAUGUCGCUCUCGAACUCUAUGAUGACGGAUUGCACACUAGAGAAUGUUCAGAUGCUGAUUGCCCAGUGUUUCUUCUUACUGGCUAUGGGCCAAACUGACAGAUGCUGGAACACUCUCGGCCUUGCAAUCCGUGUGGCGCAGAGUAUUGGCCUCCAUGUUCAAGACUCACGCGAGAAGCCUUUGACGGGUCUCACUAUCUUAGAGCAAGAGACGAUACGGCGAACUUGGUAUUCGCUAUAUGUCCUGGACCGGCUUCUCGCCCUUCAACUAGGCCGCCCUAUUGCCAUCCACGAAGAUGAAUAUUAUGUUAAUCUACCAUCAGAAUCAGAAGAAAAUGCAUGUCUCUUUGACGGAGAAUCGAAUCAAUUCUUCUAUGAUCAGAAGUCUUGUCCUAUUGAUUAUUUCGUUUCCGUCAUCGAGUUCUCCAGAAUCUUGGGCCAAGUAAUUAGCGACCUUUACCGGCCUUCACAGGUGGCUAUUGAACCUGACAAACUGCUAUCGAGCACCGCAGAUUUAGACGAGAAACUUAUAGAAUGGAAGUUGAGCCUUCCACGUCAUCUUCGGUUUGAUCUUGGCCACACUUUUGAGAAAUCCAUGAUUCUCAAACGACAGCGGAACAUGCUUGCAAUCAAGUUUCACCAUCUCCGUACGCUGAUGCAUCGUCCAUACCUCUGCUUGGCAUGGGUCCAACAGCCAAAUCGACCUCUGAUGGCCCUACUCAAGCGAGCCCGCUACCGCGUCGACAGCUUAGAAAGGAUUUGUGUCCACGAAGCUCAGCAAACUGCUCAUCUACUACACAACGUAGCCGACGAGAAGAGCUUGGUCCACGACUUUCCCUGGUGGCAGAUGAUCUCCUGUCUGCUAUGCGCAAGCUCCGUUCUCCUCGUCGCACGGGCAUGUAUUGAACCCGACCGCGCCGAUCUAGUGGUUCAAUCACAGACGCUGGACGAGGAUGCGGAAACUUGCCUCAAGGUCUUUGAUGCGUUGAGCGUCAAUUCGGAUGCUGCUCGACGUGCAAGAGAUAUGAUGAAGGACUUGAAGCGCAUUCGCAUCCUACCUUCCAGACUCUUAGAUUCGAGGAGCGACUCGUCUUCUAUAAUCGACGGUACGAACGACAAUGUACACACAGACGGUCUGGCUGGUGGGCCUUCCUUCGUCCAAACUUUCAAUUACGGAGUGAGUCAUACUGGGAUCGACUGGCAGACGUGGCCUGGCGAGCUAUCGGAUCCGAUGGCGUGGUCGGCGCAGUUUCUGAAUCCGUCGGAGAAUGUUUUCUUCAAUUCUAUACCGGUGUCUGAUGCUGAAUUGCCUCAAUAUACGCAGUAUGAGGGGCAGAUUUAGCACCGAUGGAUGCAAUUGAGACAAAUGUAGAGUAGUUGGAAUAUUCUUCGCUAUGCUAGAUGGUGAGAUGUCCGCUGAGAGAGAGAGAAAGUUGAGAGGGCCUAGACAGAGAAUGGGCAGAGAUCUUGUAAGGAACGACUCCAAGUUCGUUGCAUCAGAUAGCUUAGCUUCAUUAGCGCUGGCUUUGAAGACUUGACUUCAACAAUGAGCGAUAUUCAGUG